AUGCCGACAGACUUCACAUUGCAAAUAGGAGUGAAUAAUGUGGUGGUUCUUAACGAUUGGGAGGCUGUGAGGGAUGCCUUCAAUAAGGACGCCUUUUUGGGAAAACCACUUAACAGUCCGUUUACUGUACUCACUGAAGCUAAAAAUUUAGGCGAUGAAAGUGGGGACGUAUGGAGAGAUCAACGGAGGUCUGCCCUACAGGUGCUCCGAGACUUAGGCUUCGGGAAGGGCUCUAUGGAGGAGAAGAUUAUCGAUGAGAUCAGUUAUCUCACGAAAUGUAUCGAUGAAACUACUGGUGAGCCCAUGGAUAUCCACGAAGUACUGGUGCCGAGUAUGUCCAACAAUAUCUGUCACCUGGUGUUUGGCCACCGAAUGGACUACAAUGAGCCCCGAAGAAAGAUCUUUGACAAGCUCUUAGACGAGAUCUCAUCCAGGUUGUCAAUUAUAGGCAUGGUAGCCAUGUCGCCCGUUUGGGUCAGCAAAAUAUAUUUUAUACUUGGUAAUAUAGUCAAUAAAAGUGCUUUAGCUUCUAUAGACAGCAUUUUUAAAUCGGAGAUAUCGUCUCACGAGAAGUCAUUUAAAGCUAAUAAUAGAGUCAAUGAUUAUAUCGACGGAUACUUAGCGGAGAUGGAAGUGAGACAACGAAAGGAUCCCAACACUCACUUCACCCGUCAGUUCAUACAUACUGUCAUUGAUUGCAAUAUUUGCGACUAA